CUUCCAUUAAAAAAAGGUUCUGUUUUUGUUUUUUGAUCUUUUUGUGCCAUGGAGUUUGGUGAUUGUUGUUUAACUUCAAGUUCAACAAAGGGAGGGAAACGAAAGUUGCAUAGGCAACAGCAGAAGGAGAAACCAUUCAGAGGGAUAAGGAUGAGGAAGUGGGGGAAGUGGGUUGCUGAAAUCAGAGAACCAAACAAGAGGUCUAGGAUUUGGCUCGGUUCUUACACCACCCCUAUAGCCGCCGCUCGUGCUUACGACACCGCCGUUUUCUACUUGCGUGGGCCUUCUGCUAGGCUCAAUUUCCCUGAUCUCGUAUUACAAGAAGACGACCUUAGGGAUAUCUCCACCGUUUCCAUACGUAAGAAGGCCACCGAGGUAGGGGCUAAAGUCGACGCUUUAGAAACUUCUCUCCAUCAUGCAUCUGCUUCAUCAUCGGAAUCAUCGAACCCUUCUCGAGUUCUCCGGAAACCUGAUUUGAACAAGUAUCCCGACAGUUCUGAUGAGGAUUGAAACAAUAUACUAGUUACCGUACCCGCAAAGCCUACAACUGUUUAUAGUCCCCACUUUUUUCUCCUUUCACUUUUGUCUUUUGAUUCUCUCAAGAAAUAUCAAGUGCCCGAGGAAUAGACUCAGUAAAGAAUGGAUUGAUUCUCAGUUUUAUAAGGUUUAUAAAUAAUUUACUUUGGGAAAUACAAGUUUGGUUUAUGGCAUGUAACAUUUAACAUGGAUAGUGAUGAAACAGGGAAAUCGUUGAAUUCUUGAUCAA